AUGGGGACGUUGAGGUCCAUUCUCCAAAUCGGCGCCAUCUACGCGCCACUGGACGUCAACAUUCCCGCCGAAAGACUGCAAGUCAUUGUCGCCGACUGCAAGCCUGCAGCAGUCCUGGUCAACACAACGACCGUCUCAAAAACUGGUGACCUGUCUCUUCCGUCUUCCAUCGCUGUCCUGGAUGUUUCCAAUCUGCCUAACGGGGGACACACUCAUGCGGUCAACGUCACGGCCUGCGACCCGGCUGUUAUCCUCCUCACCAGUGGCACCUCGGCCGUGCCCAAGGGCGUUGUCCUUUCCCACGGCAACUUCUGCAACCACGUCGAGGCCCUGACCGUCACUCACGGUUUUGGCUCCGAGACCGCCCUCCAGCAGAGUUCAGUCGGGUUUGACAUGUCGUUGAAUCAAAUCUUCAUCGCCCUCGCUAACGGCGGGACCCUGGUCAUCGUUCCUGAGUCGCUUCGCAAAGACUUUGCCGCCGUUGCUCGCAUCCUCCUCGACCACGAGAUUACUUACACCAGCGCCACCCCGUCCGAGUACCUCGCCUGGUUUCGUCAUGGUGCAGACAGUCUCUUCCAGUCCAAGUCGUGGAGGUUUGCCACUGCCGGCGGUGAGCAGUUCUCUACCGAGCUGGUGCAGGCGUUCCGACAACUGAUGAACCGCUUUGAGCACUCGUUCCGUAUCUUUAAUGAUUAUGGUCCGACCGAGUGUUCCCUGUCUUCCAACGAACUCGAGGUCAUUCUCGAGAGCCAGCACAUCACGGCUGGGAGAACCCUUCCCAACUAUGCCAUCUACAUCAUCGAUGAAGACUUGAACCCUCUACCGAUUGGGUUCCCUGGCGAGAUCUACAUUGCCGGUGCAGGUGUUGCCAUUGGAUACCUGAACAACCCUGAGGACACUGAACGCAAAUUCCUCAAAACUUCCUUCGCUGACAAGAUGUACCACACCAGAGACAGGGGCCUGCUCCGCGCCGACGGCACCCUCGAGUUCCUCGGCCGCAUCGACAGCGACACGCAGUCCAUCCUCACCGCCGCCAACGGACAAGUAAGCGAAGUCGUCUUCACCAGUCGCGGUAACCCGACCAUCCUCGUCGCCCACGCCGUCCUAUCAUCAACCGCCCCAACAAACACCCAACAGUUCCUUCAGACCCUCGCUGCAUCCCUGCCCCUCCCGCAGUACAUGCACCCGGCUGCCAUCCUCACCAUCGAUCGCAUCACCCUGACCACCUCGGCCUCCGACUUCUUCCACGUCGGCGGCGACUCGAUGCUGCUCAUCGAGCUGCGCAACUUCGUGCGCCGCGAAUUCGAUGUCACCCUCCCGCUGCUGCGCCUCUUUGAGCAUAGCACCCUCUCCGCCAUGUCCUCGGCCAUCCACCCAGCCUCCAACUCGGAGAAACCCUCCUCGAUCGACUGGGCCUCCGAAAUCGCCAUCCCCUCCUCCCUACUCACCAUCAACCAAACCCCUUCACCACCCUCCCACCUCCUCCGGUCCCUUACCACCAACUCCAACAUCAUCAAGAUCCACUGCCUACCCGUCCGCGAUCCGUCCAAUCUCGCCUCCUUCACUCACUCCGAAAAGGUCGUCCUCCACACAGGCGACCUCUCGCUCCCCUAUCUCGGCCUCUCCCCCGCCGCCUUCGCCGCCCUCUCCGCCUCGGCGGACGCGAUCAUCCACAACGGCGCCGACGUCUCCUUUUUGAAGACGUAUGCGUCCGGAACCGGACUUUUGAAGCGGUUUUUGUUCCUUGUGUCCUGGCCAUAUUUGAUAUUGAGGAAGGACUCGGUAUCACUGGUGACUGUUCCGACGUAUGAGACGCCGUUGUGA